UUCGUUUAGCAUCUGUUAUCUGUUUGUUUGCAUGGUUUUCAUCGUUCGUGUUUUUCUGUUCAAACUUACAAGUGCUUAAUAGCACACGGUGUGUGUAGUUAACAGAAGAGUGGAAUCCAAACGACAUCAUAGUAAACACUGCAUGGUUUUACUGUUUUACUACGGUGAUGGCGUCACGUGUGGUGUUAACCCGACCGUUUUCUGGAGCGAGAUUGUUGACGUCCAGCUCGAAGACUAUGCUGAAAGCCCGAAGUCAACCAAGUUCCGAUCUGGCAGCUUUCAAAGAAGUCCUUAAGGCGGCUCGGCACGUUGUUGCACUUACUGGUGCAGGAAUUAGUGCCGAAAGUGGCGUACCUACAUUCAGAGGAGCUGGAGGGCUCUGGAGAAAAUAUAAUGCCCAGGAUAUUGCAACACCUAGUGCAUUUUUGGCAAACCCUUCACUGGUGUGGGAGUUCUACCACUACAGAAGAGACUUAGUUCUUCAGAAACGUCCUAAUCUUGCACAUCAAGCCCUUGGUAAAGCUGAAGACAGCUUUGAGAAGGCUGGAAAGAGGUUUGUGGUUAUCACACAAAAUAUUGAUGAGCUUCAUCAAGCAGCAGGAACAAAAAACUUGUUGGAACUUCAUGGCACACUUUUCAAGACGAGGUGUACAAAGUGUGGAGAUGUUGCGGUGAACAAAGACAAUCCAAUUACACCAUCUCUUCGUGGAAGGGGGGCUCCGGACCCUAACGCACCCGAUGCAGCCAUUCCAGUAGGGGAACUACCAAGGUGCAAAAAGUGCUCAGGUCUGCUAAGACCUCAUGUGGUGUGGUUUGGCGAGUCACUUGAACCAGAUGUUUUAUCAAAAGCCACUGCUGAACUAGACAAGUGUGACCUCUGCUUGGUGAUUGGCACAUCCUCAGUUGUGUACCCUGCUGCAAUGUUUGCACCAGAAGUUGCAGCACGUGGUGUGCCUGUUGCAGAAUUCAAUUUGGAAACUACAGCUGGCACAGAAAACUUUGGCUUCCAUUUUGAUGGUCCAUGUGGGACAACUCUCCCUCGGGCAUUGGACAUCUGAACUUCUGUUUCCUGAGAGCAUUUUAUCUGCUCUGUGCAACUGUCAUAUGCCAAAGCUUUUCUAUUUUGAUGACCAUAUCCUUGGAAUAUUAGAAAUUUUGUGCAAAUGUAGAGAGAUCGACUAUCAUGUUAACCAAUUUAGUUAGUUACCACAAUAUUUGAACAGGGCUGUUAUGCAUUCUCAUGAACCUAACAGAUUAGUCUCCAUCCUAGUAUAUUCUUUAUUAUAGCCUAGCAUCAUAAGCUUGGUUAGAAAUGUGCACUAUGAGGAAAGGUGGCAGUGAAAAGCGAGCAUAAUUAAUUAGGUUCAUUCUCUGAACUUAAGUCAAUGCUGGCAUGCUCAUCUCAGCAGGUUCUACAUACAUUAUUGAAAUGGAAAAAUUAGGGUAUUACCUUUUCCAUGCAUAUUAACAUAGUAGUAGUAGUAAUGUCGAAAUUUGGGUUCUGCGCAAACAAAGACCAGGCCCAUUUGAUAUAUAGCUAUAAAAGUAACGAUGUAUGGCAAGCAAGAACUUGAAAUUUAAUAUGCUGUGUUGUGCUAAGUGUCCCCUCCUCCCCAUUUUUUCUGUCUCUCUCUCUGCAUGAUAUUGUGAACAUUGAAAAACAAUCAUGUUCACAGAUGCAGGUGUCAGCAUGCAUACAUGCUAUGUUAGGAUCACAUUCCAAAAGCUUCUUACGUCAUCAUGGUGGUAAGUCUACAUCUUUUCAUCAACAAAUGUGCAUUGCAUGCAAACAAGCAUUGCAAUUUCUAAUUUUGAAAUGCAGAAGAAAAUUGUAAAAUUUGCCAGUAGACAUCUGCUGUGCAUUAUUUAGCAUGUUACAUAAUAUGGAAUGUCCAGUGGUAUAUGAAAUUGAGCUUAUUGACCAAUUAUACCAUUCCACUUUAUUCAGAGUGUGCUUUAACCUCCUAUAUUGAGAAGUUAGUAUAAAUCCAAAAGUUUGAAAAUGACAUGUACACUGAAAAACAUUUUCAAUAUGGGCAGUUCUGCACACUCAAUGUUUGGUAUGUUGAUGAUUGGACACCUAGCCUAGCUCUGCAGAUCUCCUUUCGCUUUCUGCAAAGAUCAUGCAUGUACUGAUCUCUAGUAGCAGCUCAAUUAAAUAACACAAAGCCUGCACUGUAACAACCAUGGUAACUAUGUAGUACAGUACUGAUUCUGUAUUAUGAUUGAUUGUAUGUUGUUACACCUGUGAAUGCUUGAGAACCAACUGAAAACUAUUAAUAAAGUGAGGUUACAUCAGUAA